AUGCUACCCCAGAGGGUUGCCCAGCAGUCGGUGCGACGGCUUGUUUCACACAACCCUUCGCAAAUAAGAACUGCAGUUUCGAAGAUUGCUCGUCCUGUGGCUAUUGCGACUGGCAACCAUAUCCAGACCAGAUACACCGCCUCGGCCGCAAACCAAGAUCCAACCUCACUCCUCCCCCAGCAGCGUCUCAACCGCCCUGUCUCCCCGCAUCUCAGCAUUUACCGGCCCCAGAUAACCUGGAUCCUCUCCUCCACGAACCGCAUCACAGGUGUCGUUUUGUCUGGCGGCCUGUACAUCUUCGCCUCCGCAUAUCUCGUCGCCCCACUUCUGGGGUGGCAUCUAGAAUCCGCAUCGAUAGCAGCGGCAUUUGCCGGCUUGCCGCUGGCUGCUAAAUUUUGCCUCAAGUUCGCCGCUGCGUUACCGUUCACGUUCCACUCAUUCAAUGGGUGCAGACAUCUUGUUUGGGAUAUGGGGAAACAGUUCACUAAUAAGCAAAUUAUUGUUACCGGGUGGACGGUUGUUGGGUUGACUGUGAGCAGUGCGCUUGCGUUGGCUUUUCUGUAA